GCGGCGGGCAGCAAGGGAGCUGCUGGGAUCUGCUCCCUGCUGUGAGGGAUGUGAGGGUGGAGAAACCUGGAUGGAAGCUGAACGGCAACCAGAGUGGUAUAAAACUGAACCAGAACACAAGAAUGAGAUCAACGCCGCAAGACUACAGAAUCGGAGCACCUUGGAAUAGAUGCGAGUACAAGACUUUGCACUGGCUAAAGCUGCCUUGGAAAGCCAUGGCUGCCGCCCCCCAUCUCAACUCGGAUGCACUCCGAGAGGUCCUGGAGUGCCCCAUUUGUAUGGAGUCCUUCACUGAGGAGCACCUGAGACCCAAGCUCUUACACUGUGGGCACACCAUCUGCAAACAGUGCUUGGAGAAACUCCUAGCAAACAGCAUUAAUGGGAUACGGUGCCCUUUUUGCAGCAAAAUCACGCGAAUCACAAGCUUAGCUCAGCUGACUGACAAUCUUACUGUGCUGAAGAUCAUAGACACCGCUGGACUGGGGGAAGUGGUGGGUCUUCUCAUGUGCAAGGUCUGUGGGAGAAGGUUGCCAAGACACUUUUGCAAGAGCUGUAGCUUGGUUUUAUGUGAGCCAUGCAAGGAGACAUCACACAUGCCCCAAGGGCAUAGAGUCAUUGCUAUCAAAGAGGCUGCUGAAGAGCGUAGGAGGGAAUUUGGGACGAGGCUUGCCAGGCUUCGGGAGCUCAUGGGUGAUCUGCAGAAAAGAAAAGCAUCUCUGGAGGGUGUUUCGAGAGACCUGCAGUCUAGAUACAAAGCAGUUCUGCAAGAAUACAGCAAAGAAGAGCGCAAGAUCCAGGAAGAACUGGCCAGGUCACGCAAGUUCUUCACCACCGCUUUGUCUGAAGUGGAAAAGGUAAAUAAUCAGGUGAUGGAGGAGCAAGCUUAUCUGCUGAACUUAGCAGAAGUGCAGAUAAUGUCUCGCUGUGACUAUUUCCUUGCCAAAAUAAAGCAGGGAGAUAUAGCUCUCUUGGAGGAGGCAGCAGAUGAGGAAGAACCAGAACUGACAAACAGUCUCCCAAGGGAGCUGACUCUUCAAGAGGUUGAACUCCUUAAGGUGAGCCAUGUGGGACCACUGCAGAUCGGGCAGGUGGUGAAGAAACCCCGGACUGUGAACAUGGAGGAAUCGCUCAUGGAAACUGCAGCAUCCUCAUCAGCAUCAUUUCGGGAGCCUGACUUGGUGCAAGAGGAGGCCAGCUGCACACCGAAUUCCUCACCAGCCAAGCCAAGGAUGCCUGAAGCAGCCACGAGCAUCCAGCAGUGUCACUUCAUCAAGAAGAUGGGCUCCAAGGGCAGCCUGCCAGGGAUGUUUAAUCUCCCCGUCAGCCUACACGUCACCCUGCAAGGAGAGGUGCUUGUGGCGGACCGAGGCAAUUUCCGAAUCCAGGUUUUUACCCGCAAGGGCUUUCUGAAGGAGAUCCGCCGGAGCCCUAGCGGAAUCGAUAGUUUUGUAUUGAGUUUCCUUGGAGCAGACUUGCCUAAUUUGACUCCCCUUUCUGUCACCAUGAACUGCCACGGCCUGAUAGGUGUGACUGACAGCUACGAUAACUCUGUCAAGGUCUACACCAUGGACGGCCAUUGCGUGGCGUGUCACCGGAGCCAGCUAAGCAAGCCCUGGGGCAUCGCCGCCCUGCCUUCCGGGCAGUUUGUAGUGACCGACGUGGAAGGGGGGAAACUCUGGUGUUUCACGGUGGACCGCGGUGUGGGGGUCGUGAAGUACAGUUGCUUGUGUAGCGCAGUGCGCCCAAAGUUUGUCACCUGCGAUGCUGAAGGGACCAUAUACUUCACUCAAGGGCUGGGGCUUAACCUGGAAAACCGGCAGUAUGAACACCAUUUAGAGGGAGGCUUUUCAAUUGGCUCCGUCGGCCCUGAUGGACAGCUGGGACGCCAGAUUAGCCACUUCUUCUCCGAGAAUGAGGAUUUCAGGUGCAUUGCUGGCAUGUGUGUCGAUGCCAGGGGAGACCUCAUUGUUGCUGACAGCAGCCGUAAAGAAAUCCUGCAUUUUCCUAAAGGAGGUGGCUAUAAUAUCCUAAUCCGGGAAGGGCUCACCUGUCCUGUCGGUAUCGCCAUUACUCCCAAAGGGCAGCUGCUGGUGCUGGACUGUUGGGAUCACUGCAUUAAGAUCUACAGUUACCAUCUGAGAAGAUAUUCCACCCCUUAAAGGCAUGUGUCUAGGUAAAGCCCCUUUUGGCAGCAGAAAUUCUUCCAGCCUCAUUGCAAUCUGACGGGAACCGGUGUCAAGUGUUCAGGAAGAUUGUGCCGUAACCGAAGAGGGUUUGGCACAGAGGCUGUUAUGUUUUGUGUUUAGAAACAAAAUAGUUUACGUGGUGGUGGUGGUCUGCUUUUUCUUCUUUUUUUCUGUCAGAUCCGUACAAUAAAAAAGAACAAGUGUUAGGGAAAGAACCCAUCUUUCUGGAGUAUUGGUUCCUUGCUAAAUGACUGGUCACUCCAUAAACCUUCUCACCUCCUUUCGCCACAUCUCCUACGCUUCCAGCUUCAACCACUGUAUCUUUCUUUGUGCCAUAAACUCUGACUGACUGCUCUAAAUCACCGUCCUUUAGAGGACGAGAGAGGCAAUCCUCUUCUUGCUGUGGUACUCGCAAGGAACUGGGUAGCAGUUGUCUGGGCAACUACUAGAGAAAGCAAUUUCUGAUUGCAGCACUGCAUAAAACUCAAUAGCCCUCUUAAACUGCGGGGAGAUGGAGCUUUACUUUCAAGCUGACGAGGGAGGGUAUUUCUCUCUCUUUUUCUGGUAUUCGGGAGAUCGCCCCUGUCGUGCCAUUUGUGAACCGUGUCUGUUCAAUGUGAAGUGAGUACUGUGCAGUCGUGGGAGACCGAGCUGAGACAGAAAACUGCCCUCUGAUGGCAACAGGGUUUUUAUUACUACUAAGAGUUCUGCUAGGUAGAAGGGGGUAAAAAGGGAGGGGGCUGGAGGAAAAAAAAACAAACCAGGGGAAACCUAUGGUUGAUAUUUACUGUUGUUUUAUUAUUAAAUGUAUCCUGGAAACUGUCUUUGGAAGGUAUG